GGGCGGCCCAAAUUAGAGAAAAACCGAAAGCACGAUGACACUGAAUCAUUUCUCUAUUUCUUCGCUUUCACUCCGAACACGCCCCCACCUGGCCAGCGACUUCCUUCAGAUGCACACAUUGGCGGAGUGAUACAGUUCCUCGCUGCAAAUCGACAAUCUCCUUGAAACGCCAUCGACAUUGAGCUCUCGACCUCACAGAGAUCAUUCCAGCUAUUGAAAUCGAGGCGUUGGAGUGGAUUCGGCGGUUAACAGUAGAGGACCUCCAUUGAUGGAUCUCUAGGGCACCACCAUUGCUCGGGUCCAGCUUCUCUGUAUCCAAUGGCUUCGUGGCUCAAAGCUGCAGAAGAUUUGUUUGAAGUUGUCGAUCGAAGGGCAAAAUUAGUUGUCAGCGAAUUGUCAGAUGAGCAGUCUGAUUUUCAGUCCCCAGCUUCUAAUGGCCAAGCAUCUCAAGUCAAAGGGACAAAAUCAAAGGUGAAGGCUCGGAAGCUACUCUCAAUUGAAUCUCCUAAAACAAGUGAUACUACACAGGAGCAAACUAGCAUACAAACUUCACAGUUAGAUAUUACACCCGAUAAGGCUGGAAAGGAUAGGACUGCUUUGUCAUUUGAAAAUGAUGAGAUCAGUUCUAGUAAUUCUAUAGCCCAAACAGGCGACGAGCAGCAGCAUGUUUCUGAUAGAGAUGCAUCCGUGUCAGAAACUACGCCAUCAGAGAAAAUUGCAAAUGAUGGAAGUAAAGAUGAUGCUGAUCAUACUGAAGAUCCAGUUAAAGUCACCGAUGCAGAAGCUGUUGCUUCAACCUCGAGUGGUGAACUGACCAAUGAGAGUGCUUCAGAUGUUCAAGAAAGGUCUUUUCCUUUGCCAUUCCCUGAUACUGGAGUUGUGAUUGUCGAUGAAGAUCAUCUGACUGAUGCUGCCCCGAGUAGUAUGUCAGGGGAUCCAGAUGUUCCUUCAAAGAUUGAUCCAGAGAGAUCUCAGUCUAUAAGUGCCGAUGUACCUAGUAAUAAUGAUACACAAGUGAAAGAUGCUGAUCUCAAGGUUGAAACUCUUCUAAAUCACAAGAAGCAACAGGAUCAGAAAUCUGAUAAAUCUCCUACAAAAGUGCAGGAACAACUUGAUGAGGCUCAAGGGCUGCUUAAAAGUGCUAUUUCUACUGGUCAAUCAAAGGAAGCAAGGCUAGCUCGGGUGUGCGCAGGGCUUUCCUCUCGUCUUCAAGAGUACAAAUCUGAAAAUGCACAGCUGGAAGAGCUUCUCAUUGCAGAGAGAGACCUAUCCAAAUCAUACGAGGCUCGCAUAAAGCAACUACAGCAAGAAUUGUCUGUAUCUAAAGUUGAAGCGACCAGGGUAGAGUCAAAUAUGGCAGAAGCAUUGGCUGCUAAGAACUCUGAAAUUGAGGCACUUGUCCAUUCCAUGGAUGCUCUAAAGAAACAGGCUGCUUUAUCAGAAGGAAGUUUGUCUUCACUACAGGCAAACAUGGAAUCGAUUAUGAGAAACAGGGAAUUAACAGAGACAAGAAUGAUGCAAGCUCUGCGGGAGGAGCUAGCUUCUGCAGAACGGAGAGCUGAAGAAGAGCGUGCAGCACAUAAUGCUACCAAAAUGGCUGCUAUGGAAAGGGAAGUAGAAUUGGAACGCCGAGCUGUUGACUCAUCCACCGCCCUUGCCAGGAUCCAGAGAGUAGCAGAUGAGAGGACAGCAAAGACAGUGGAGCUUGAGCAGAAGGUGGCACUGCUUGAGGUUGAAUGUGCAUCUUUAAAUCAAGAAUUGCAAGAUAUGGAAGCUCGUGCUCGCCGUGGACAAAAGAAAUCUCCUGAAGAGGCAAAUCAAAUGAUUCAGAUGCAGGCACGGCAGGAAGAAGUUGAACGUGCACGUCAAAGUCAAAGAGAUGCUGAGAGCAAGCUUUCUUCCUUGGAGGCUGAAGUCCAAAAGAUGAGAGUUGAAAUGGCUGCCAUGAAGAGGGAUGCUGAGCAUUAUUCUCGCCAGGAACAUAUGGAGUUGGAAAAACGGUAUCGUGAAUUAACAGAUUUAUUGUACUAUAAGCAAACACAACUAGAAGCCAUGGCUAGUGAAAAAGCUGGUGCUGAAUUUCAAUUGGAGAAGGAGGUAAAACGUCAUCAAGAAGCACAGCAGGUAGAGGCAGAAAGAACUAGAGUAUCCCGUCGGGUAUCAUCAUCAUCAUGGGAAGAAGACACUGACAUGAAGGCUCUUGAGCCUCUUCCUUUACAUCACCGCCACAUGGUCGGGGCAAGCAUACAGUUGCAGAAGGCAGCAAAGCUUCUGGAUUCAGGGGCAGUGAGGGCCACAAAAUUUCUCUGGCGGUAUCCAACUGCCCGAGUUAUCUUACUUUUCUACCUGGUAUUUGUACAUUUGUUUUUGAUGUAUCUGUUGCAUCGCCUUCAGGAGCAAGCUGACAAUUUUUCCUCUAGAGAAGUUGCAGAAUCUAUGGGACUCGCCACCCCCAACUUACCAUGAUUUGGUAGCUGCUCCAGGUUGGGAGCAAGUUUCAGAGACAUUAUAAUGCCUAGACUGGCACAUCUCUAGUGUGAUGGCUUGAGCAUGACACACCAUUCUGAGAAUACAAAUAGAAAGGAAAAUAAUCUAUAGCUCAGUAUGCUUUCGCAUGCUUGUUUUUUUGCAUACCAUCCAACUACCCCGGAAAACUGGCUCCUGGACGGUCUACUGCUGGAGCUGAAGAUAGCAAAUUGGGUUCUGGUGAAGUUAUAUAUACAGCUGCAACUAUUCUUCAUCUAGGAUUCUCCGAUCCAAGUGUUGAUAUAUCCAUAAUGACAUUUCUUUUUCAUGAACAAAUUGCCUUGGAGGUGGAAGAUGACUAAAAAGUUUUGAUAGGCAUGAUGCAGAUUCAAAUUUGGAUCAGCUUCAGCUUCACGAAAAUGGAAUUUCAUUUUAUUAGCUGAGCUGCUGUCAACAAAAAUGAUUCGUGUAUUCUUUUUUCUUUAUUUGUAUUUGAUCUGUAAUGACUCUUAGAUCUUGUUUAACACAGAUUUGAGAUAGUAUAUAUUUCGGUUCUGAUUUGGUAUGGGUUUAAUGCAUGACAAAUUAAGCAGCA